GAAAGGGGAGGCUCCGUGUGAGCGACGAAGGGUUCCCGGCUGCGGACACCAAGACAAGCAAGCCCAGCCAGCGUCUUCCCUGCCGCCUCCCGUCUUGGGGCGACGGGAAAGAGGCGCGUCCCGGAGGAGGGAAAAGCCCCGCUGUGCAAAGCGCCUUCCUUGGGGAGAAGAGGAGGUUGGCCGCGGAAGGGUUAAGAGGAAGGGGGGUUUGGGGAGGGGCGAGGCGGAGUCCUCCCGAGCGACUGGCCAGCAGCUUCACCCCCCGCCUUCGCCGCUUUGCAAAGGGCUGCGCUUGGUGCUUCCUUCCAGAGACUGGGACUUGGUAGUACCCCCAAUUGGGACAGUAUUUGGCAGAAGAGGAAGGAGUCUCUUGGGUCCUGUUGGAGGCUUCCUUGGAGCACAGAAAUCAAAGAUGGAAGACUCACCUUGUCCAGAAGCAACAAGAGGUCCAUAUAUCAUCCAUGCUGGGAGCCCUGAGGAAUUCUGGGAAAGAACUGGGCAGAUUAUCCUGGGUGAGGAGAACACCCUUAGCUCAGAUGUACAGUGCCGGCAUUUCAGGCUGUUCUACUACAAGGAGGUCAAAGGGCCCCGAGACAUUUGCAGCCAACUCCACCACCUUUGCCGUGAGUGGCUGAAGCCAGAGCAUCACACAAAGAAUCAGAUCUUGGACCUGGUGAUCCUGGAACAGUUCCUGGCUGUCCUUCCACCAGAGAUGGAGAGCUGGGUGAGGGAAUGUGGAGCGGAGACCACUUCCCAGGCAGUGGCCCUGGCAGAAGGUUUCCUCCUGAGCAGGGCAGAGGUCAAGAAGCAGGCAGAGCAGCAGGUGAAGGGUCUGUUUGCAGAAGAGGCCACUGAUUUCCUGGAGUCACAAGAGGCGCCAUCAGAUGCCAGAGAGUGUUCCCUGGAAAGGAGGAACAUUCAGGAGAGUGACAGACGUGCCACCUCACUCGGUGUUGAAAUGAGGCCAGCAAGACCUCCUCAACCGUCUCUUCUUUGUGAUGGAGAGGAAGCAGCUGCUGUGGAAGAGGAUCAGGGUCCCGUAUCCUUUGAGGAGGUUGCUGUGUAUUUCACUGAGGAGGAGUGGGCUUUGCUGGAUCCUGACCAGAGGGCUCUGCACAGGGAAGUCAUGGAGGAGAAUGGUCGGAUUCUCACCUCUCUCAGUUAUGAAUGGGAAACUGAGAAUCAGGGAGAACUGCAUGGGGUGUUCUCCAAAGGAGCCAUGUGUAUUAAGGGGGAGCAGCAGAGAAGGAGAACUGUAGAAGAAGAGAAGAAGAGAAAUAAAUGCCCUACUUCUCAGGUCAGUGACUGCCAUCAAAUCCCGGUCCAAGAAAAAAUGGAAAAAAGGAAAGAGACUAAUACACAGCUCACUACACAUCAAGGAACUCAAAAAGUAGAGAAACCAUAUAAAUUCUUGGAGUGUGGAAAGAGCUUCCAUCAGCAGACACAUCUCACUUCUCAUCAAGGAAUUCACACAGGGGAUAAAGCAUUUAAAUGCUUGGAGUGUGGAAAGAGCUUCAUUAGAAAGUCUUAUCUCAUUUCUCAUCAAAGACUUCACACAAGGGAUAAACUAUUUAAAUGUGUGGAGUGUGGAAAGAGCUUAUUUCGGAAGACAAAUUUUACCAAUCGUCAAAGAAAUCACACAGGGGAUAAACCAUAUAAAUGCUUGGAAUGUGGAAAGAACUGUCAGAAGGGAGACCUCGCUACCCAUCAAAGAAUUCACACAGAGGAGAAACCAUUUAAAUGUUUGGAGUGUGGAAAGAGUUUCACACGUAACUAUGGUCUCACUACCCAUCAAAGAAUUCACACAGGGGACAAACCAUAUAAAUGCUCUGAAUGUGGAAAAAGUUUCACUAGAAAGUCUCAUCUCAAUUCUCAUCAAAGACGUCACACAGCGGAUAAACCAUUUAAAUGUGUGGAGUGUGGAAAGAGCUUAUUUCGGAAGACAAAUUUUACCAAUCAUCAAAGAAAUCACACAGGGGAUAAACCAUAUAAAUGCUUGGAAUGUGGAAAGAACUGUCAGAAGGGAGACCUCGCUACCCAUCAAAGAAUUCACACAGAGGAGAAACCAUUUAAAUGUUUGGAGUGUGGAAAGAGUUUCACACGUAACUAUGGUCUCACUACCCAUAAAAGAAUUCACACAGGGGACAAACCAUAUAAAUGCUCUGAAUGUGGAAAAAGUUUCACUAGAAAGUCUCAUCUCAAUUCUCAUCAAAGACGUCACACAGCGGAUAAACCAUUUAAAUGUGUAGAGAGUGGAAAGAGCUUUUUUCGGAAGACAAAUUUUACCAAUCAUCAAAGAAAUCACACAGGGGAUAAACCAUGUAAAUGCUUGGAGUGUGGAAAGAACUUCUGUCAGAAGGGAGACCUCGCUACCCAUCCAAGAAUUCACACAGGGCAGAAACCAUUUAAAUGUUUGGAGUGUGGAAAGUGCUUCACACGUAACUAUGGUCUUACUACUCAUCAAAGAAUUCACACAGGGGAGAAACCAUAUAAAUGCUCUAAAUGUGGAAAGAGUUUCAUGGAAAAGUCUCAUCUCAAUUCUCAUCAAAGAAAUCACACAGGGGAGAAACCAUUUAAAUGUUUGGAGUGUGGAAAGAGCUUCACACAUAACUAUGGUCUUACUACUCAUCAAAGAAUUCACACAGGGGAGAAACCAUAUAAAUGCUCUGAACGUGGAAAGAGUUUCAUUGAAAAAUCUCAUCUCAAUUCUCAUCAAAGAUGUCACACAGCGGAUAAACCAUUUAAAUGUUUGGAGUGUGGAAAGAGCUUCGUUUGGAAGACAGAGUUUACUACUCAUCAAAGAAUUCACACAGGGGAGAAACCAUAUAAAUGCUCUGAAUGUGGAAAGAGUAUCAUGAGAAAGUCUCACCUCAAUUUUCAUCAAAGACGUCACACAGCGGAUAAACCAUUUAAAUGCUUGGAGUGUGGAAAGAGCUUCAUUAGAAAGUCUUAUCUCAUUUCUCAUCAAAGACUUCACACGGGAUAAACCAUUUAAAUGUGUACAGUGUGGAAAGGGCUUUGGAGUGUGGAAAUAUAAAUGCUUGGAGUGUGGAAAGAACUUCUGUCAGAAGGGAGACCUUGCUACUCAUCAAAGAAUUCACACAGGGCAGAAACCAUUUAAAUGUUUGGAGUGUGGAAAGAGCUUCACACGUAACUAUAGUCUCACUACUCAUCAAAGAAUUCACAUGGGAGAAACCAUAUAAAUGCUCUGAAUGUGGAAAGAGUUUCAUUGAAAAGUCUCAUCUCAAUUCUCAUGAAAGACUUCACACAGUGGAUAAACUAUUUACAUGUUUGGAGUGUGGAAAGAGCUUUUGGAAGACAGAGUUUACUAAUCAUCAAACAGUUCACACGGAGAGAAACCAUAUAAAUGCUUGGAGUGUGGAAAGACCUAUCUGAAGAAAACUCUCACUUUUCAUAAAAGAAUUCACAUAGGAGGAAAAUUUAAAUGCUUGGAAAGAGCUUCACGCAUAAGGACGGUUUCACUUUUCAUCAAACAACUCACACGGGCGAAACCAUUUACGUGCUUAGAAUGUGGAAAGAGCUUCC